AUGGCUGCAAACGAAGACCGAACUCUCCUCCUCGAGGUCGACGAGCUCAGUGGAGCUCUGAACUAUGCAUCUGUGGAUAUACCGAGUGCGCAACGGAGUCAGUUGCAAGCCGGACCUGCAGAGCAUGACGAUGAACCCGGAACUUCGGGCAUGAACACGGAAAAUCAUCAUUAUAUUGGAGAAAAACAGGUCAUCGGCACGAGGUUCCUGAGCGACCCCUGCGAAUUGCCCCACGUUUGCACGCCUUCAACAGUAGCAAACCUAGCAUUGAGAACAUCAUACAAGGUGCUACGAGAUCUUCGAAGUGAUCCGAAUGCCAGUAGCAAGCCUCCUCUUAGGCAUUAUUUGGACACCAUCAGAAGUAUCGACCAAGAUGCAACCCUAGAGAAUGACUUGCGGGUGCGGGUAGUGGACGAAUACCGCGGAGACGGGUUUUCGCACAAGAAGCGUGCAAUUAGGAAAGCUUGCAGCACAGGGCACACCAACCCUGUGACCAUGGACAACAUCCCCAGUUACCUAGCUAAUCUAUGGGAUGGGAGUGCAUUUCUGCAAGUGAAAGAACAUGGGAUGCACGUAUACAUCUCAGAUUCAUCCAUCGAGAAAGCCUGCAAGAAUGCACUUUCGGUGCUUGUGGCGGAUGCCGUGCAUAGCAAAGCACCGCGAUGCGUCAAGAAAGGCUCCCAACUUUAUGUCAUCCAUGGAGUCUGUCGCGGCGGCUUUGAUGUGCCCCUCCUCUAUGCAAUCAUGGAGAAAAAAGAUAAGCAAGCCUACGAGACAGUACUCACACAGCUAAAAACCCAUCUGCUUAGAUUCGGGGCUGAUCUCGACGGGUUGCAUAUAGUGGUCGACUACAAGAGAGCCGCCAUCGCCGCCAUUCGCACCAUUUUCGAAAGAAGCACACUUCAGGGCUGUUCCUUCCACCUUGCGUUGGCGUGGAAAGGCGGCGAAAUGCGUUCGGGCUGA